AUGUCUCUGGAGCGACAGGACUACCCGGCCAUCUUGCCCCAACUUCAACCGGCGCAAGCGGUCGACAUUCUUAAUCAACGGGUGCAGCAGGUGGGAAGGCUCAAUGUUGCCAUUGCGGACUGGUUACAGGAACGACGCCGGCUUGAAGAGCAAUAUGCGGCGGGCUUGAGGAAGCUUGCCAGACAUUCGCUGGACAGCGGCGAUCUUGGCGUUUUCUCGGUAGCAUGGAGUACACUCACUGGCUCUGCCGACACUCUGGCAGAUAUGCAUGGGACGCUGGCGAGUCGAAUAGAAUCAGAUAUUGAGAAGCCUCUGCGCAACUUCACCUCCACCAAUCGCGAGAUGGUACAAAUGACGACGGCCCAGGGCAAUCUCGCAGCACUGGCAAAGGACGUGGAGCGAGCGCAAGAGAAAGUCGAGAAGCAGGCAGGCAAGGGUGACAAGGCCGAUGCGAGCAAGGUGGCGACGGCCAACUCGGAGCUGGAUGCUGCGCAGACGCAAUGGGAAUCGCAAGCACCAUACAUAUUCUCGAACCUGCAGACGCUGGAUGAGGAGCGCCUCACGCACCUUCGGGAUGUCCUCACGCAGUUCCAGACGCACGAAGGCGAUCAGGCAGAGCACAUGGGCGAGCCAGCCGAGCAGUGUCUGAACGUGCUGCUCAACGUGGAGAUUGCGGACGAGGUCAAGACGUUCGCUCUCAAAGCACCUCAAAGCAGACCCACGCUCGCGCGGCCGAAACGGAACAGCUUCGCAACCCCAUCGCGAUCAUUGCAGCCGCCACCGAGUUCAUCCUCGAACAACCUAGCACCUUCUUCGCCCUUCCCAGACGAUGAGGCCCCUGCUGCACUCCCUGAGGAUAAAGGCAAGGGCCGACUGAAAGGGCUAAGAAGACUCGGAACUGUAAUGGGUCGAAAGCGGGAGAGUAAAUUGCCUGCAGGACUUCCACCUACCUCAGAAUCACCAGAGCGGAAGCCGCGACCAUCGCCGUUCAAUCAGUUCUCUAGCAGGCUUGGCCGAUCGAAAGAGAGCACGCCAACUUUGGGUUCACUCUCCGAAGCAUCACCGCGGGAAAGGCCAAGAUCACCUCAGCGAUUCGGUAGCGAGCUCUUCGAUUCGCCGGCCGACGCAAGAGCGGCACCGUCCUCGCCUACGCCAGCAGCACAACAAACCGAACAACCAUCUACUAAUGGAACAGCAGCCGCAUCUGGAAUAGCAGCAGCUGGAGUAGCGUCCGCCGCCGCGCUUUCUAUCCCGAACGGCAGUCAUCAGGGAGACCUGGCUGAUUUGGAGCCUCCCAGGCCUGCGCAAGCCGAGCAAGCGACCGCGCCAGCGGAGCUGCGGAGUGACAAUGAAGGCUACUCUGUGCCACCACAGAAUCUUGACCCAAUUUCUCAAGCUCAGCAAGAGGCUUCGAUGGAGGGCGGCUCGUCACCGCUCAAUGUCAACAUUCGUGACGCGCCGAUCCAAGACGAUGCCGGGACUUCAGAGGCGGCGCUGGCUAGUGUGGCUGGCAAGUUGCAAGCACCUCCAACCACAAUGGCGCGCCGAGCCGGAACUGUGCGUGGACGCCGAGACAACCGCAACAGCGCCGUACCCACAGGCUACGCACCACCCGGCCAAACCAUCAGGGAGUCCACUCCAGAGCCGUCACCAUCCGGGCCAAGAGAGGUGACAGAGCCCGCUGCCGUUGAAGACACGGCCCCGGCGCCCGCUGUCCAGCCCCCAGCGGACACCUCUCUUUCCCAGUCGCAAUCAGGAGGGUUUGGCCAGGUCGCGGCAUCUACCUUUUCGCCUUUUGCAGAGUCGCAGCAGCAAAACCCACCAUCACUUCGACCAGAUUCGCGCGCCACGACUGCGCUUGGAGGUGAUACUCAGUCUAUCCGGUCAGCAACCACCACAGGCAGCCAAGGCGGUCACAAACAUCCCGACCUGAGCGAAUCUGGCUUGAAUGCCUCCAUCAUCGAAACAGUCAACGCUCGUUUCGACAAUGGCAAGCUCACCAGCUCCUCUAUCAUCGGCGACAUCGCUCUAGCCUACAAUCCUGCCAACUUUUCAUCACCUUUCGACACGCAGAAGAUCCGAUUGGAGAGAUUCUCGAGCCUGGAGAAAGUCGCUCCAAACCCUGCUUUCAUCACUCCAUCGUCAGAAACCGAGGGCGAGUACUCCGUCAACCUCUCCACGCUCGGCAGAACCCAGGUCGCCUUCAAAUAUCAAGCCCGCCUUGACGACAACAACUCACCAGCGCCGAUCCUCCUUGCUCCGGCUUUCAGGCCCGAGCCAAACCAAUUCUCCGUCAUCAUCCAAUACUCUCUCAAUCCGACCUUCCCACUUAACGGCCGCGAGAGCGUCACCCUCUCCAAUGCCACCGUGGCAUUUACUCUCGAAGGCGCAAAAGCCACCAGCUGCCAGAGCAAACCCGCGGGAACGUUUCUCAGGGAGAAGAAUCUGAUCUACUGGCAGCUCAACGACCUCACGCUCACGCCCGGUGCCGCGCCGCAGAAACUGGUGGUUCGCUUUGUCACGGAGUCGCAGGCGAGCGGCGGAGCCGUGGAGUCAAGAUGGGAGAUCAGUGGCGAGCAGGCGCAGAGCUUCGGGAGUGGAUUAGCGUUGAGCAUGCCAGGCCAAAGCGGCAGUGGCAGCGAUCCGUUCGCGGAUGAAGAUGGGCAGGCGGGUAGUUGGAAAGCGGUGGCUGGGGUCAAGAAGCUGGUGAGUGGCAAUUACGCCGCUCGAUAG